UCUCUCUCUCUCUCUCUCUUUUCUCUCUUUCUCUUUUGUAUCUCUUGCUGCUGUUCAUGUUCUCUGUUUCUGAGAAACCUGACUCCUUGGUUUUUCCAGUUUCUUGGAGAAAGUUUGAAACAGUUCGUUUUUUCUUUUUGUGUCGGAUUAUGAUUUAUGAUCAAAAGGGUCUAGUAAAAGUUCUGUGAUGAAGUCAUGAACAUUUAAUAUUCUGGGUAAGUUGUGCUCCACACCUUACCAUGUUUUUGUUGGUAAUAACCGCUCCCAUUUUAUCUUUUACAAACUCUGUAAUAAAUCGCUUUUUUUGGUCAGGAAUUAUAUUAAAUCGUUUUUUCUUAAAAUCAUAGUAUAUAAUAUCGAAAAUGAUUUAAUAUAGAUUUUCCAGGCGUUAACAAUUAUAUAGCCCAGAGAUUUGAAAGGAGAAGACAGCCCAUUGGUAAUUUGGGUUUCAUAAACAUGGAGGGUAGUUUCGUAAUAUGCAUUUAUAGGUGUUGCCCUAAAUCCGGUCGCUGUCUAGUCGGCGGUGACUGUGUGCGGUCAUGAAAACAUGAUUUUUCUUUUUGUUUUCCUCUCCUUUUUCUUGUCGAAAUUUAAAUUGUGUUCGAUUUAUUAUUGCAUUUUGUACUUCGUAAGUUUAGAUAAUUUUCUUGGAAUAAGUCUUGCAUAAUAAUAAUAAUAUUUGACAAAAAAAAAGUUUUGCAUAAUACUUAGUGAGCUUCGAAUCGAAUAAUUAAAAGUUCAAGGAGUUAAUCAAAAAGGUAACGAGUAUUCAUUUAUAUGAACGAGAUCCUAGCUGUCCACACGUGGCUGCCGCUGACCUGGCAAAGGAAAAGCGACCAAUGAGAGGUUCUGAAUCCAAAAAACAACAAAUUUGAAUAAAGAAGAAAACGUCACAGUGGGACCCAUUCGACAUCGAAAUUUAAACAAAAAGAAAUGAUCACACACGACGCCUCACGAACGAACGGCUAAAACCUCGCCACGUGGCUAUUUACGCGAUCUGAGCCAUCCGUGGCAGAUUUCGCGGGCAGCUGGAUCGGGCAGCUUCACCUAGCGGAUCUGAACCGUCAGAUCCAAAUUAAACGGACAGAUUCAAACGAAGCGUUAUGUCGGUCAGAUUCCAAAGGCCUUUAAGAAGAGAUGGUGCCUCCCAUCUUUUUCCUCAUCCCAGUCAUCUCAAAACCCUCCUUGGCAACCUCCCUCCCCCCACCCACCGUCGAGCUCUCAAUUUUUAAUAUUCCGAUCGCCGCUAAAUCCGCCGGUGACGUGAUUUUCCCGCCCUUUUUUCUGGAGGUUAAAACUUUUUUUGUUUAUUUAAUUUAUAAAAGCUGGAGAUUCCAUAAAGAGUGAGAACCCCCCGCGAAAUGACCUUGACGAGACCAUCGCGAUUCGCAUGGCACCAGCUGUUUUGGCUACCUUAAACGAACCGUCGUUCCAUGGACAAUGCGGCGCCGUUUUUAUGAGGAAAUUUACAAAACAAUCCGUCGCCGCCGAAAACAGCAAUUGCCCUCUCCCUCCUCCUAACCCUAACCCUAAUUUCGAUUCGAGCAAGCAGUUCGAUGAUUCGUCUAAUUACGGAGGCUACGCUACUUUCAACCUCGCCGGGUACUCCUCGAGCCAGCUCAGGGAGCUGAAGAAGCGCUUUACCUCGGAGCUCGAGCAGAUUCGGAUCCUCAGGGAGCGGAUCGAGUCGGGGACCUUCGAGACUCGGCAAACGGAGGUAUCCGCCGUUCGUUCGGCUCCGGCCGGUGAAACGAGUGACCUUGUGCUGAAGAAGCAGAAACCGAAGAAGCGAUGCAAUCCAUUCCCUGCCGAAGAUACUCACCCGAAGCGGGUUUCGAACCCGGAGUCGGAGAAAGCGCUGGCCGCUAUGCUGAGUUCCUGCGGUCAGAUGUUGGUUAAGCUGAUGAAGCACAAGUGGGCCUGGGUGUUCAACACCCCCGUCGAUGUGGUCGGAUUAGGGCUUCAUGAUUACCAUCUCAUCGUGAAGAAGCCCAUGGAUCUGGGCACGGUUAAGCUGAAUCUCGAAAAGGGGUUUUACGUUUCGCCUCUCGAUUUCGCGACCGAUGUGAGAUUGACGUUUAGGAACGCGAUGGCGUAUAACCCCAAGGGGCAAGAUGUGUACUUUAUGGCCGAGAAGCUUCUUGAUCAGUUUGAUGUAAUGUUCAAUCCUGCUUUCAAGAAAUUCGAAGCUCAGCGGGUGAAACUAGCUGGCUCGUCUUCGUCUCGUUUUGAGCCUGAGGUGAAGCAAAGACUGUGGAGUCAAACUCCGACUUCGGUGGAGGCGAAUGUGAGGAGAGGAACUGAGCAGAUCUCAAUUGCGAAGAAGUUGGAUUCAGUGAAGCCGACACAACCUACAUUGUCUCCUCCUAAAGUAUUAGAGCCUCCGCCACGUGAAAGAACUCCUUCACCUUCUCCUACUCCUCCUCCUCCGGCGGCGGUUGUUCACCCUCUACAGCCGGUUAGUGAAGUGGAAGCGAUUCCGGAUGUGAGUGAAGUAACCAAAGGGAGGAAAGGGAAGUUGCCGAAGCCUAAGGCUAAGGAUCCAAACAAAAGGCUGAUGACAAUGGAGGAGAAGUCAAAGCUUGGUAUGAAUCUACAAGACUUACCUCCUGAGAAGCUUGGACAGUUGGUUCAGAUUCUGAGGAAGAGAAACGGUCAUUUAGCUCAAGAUGGAGAUGAGAUUGAGCUAGAUAUUGAAGCCGUAGACAAUGAGACUCUGUGGGAGCUUGAUCGUUUCGUGACUAAUUACAAGAAGAUGGCUAGCAAAAUCAAACGCCAAGGGUUUAUCCAUAACGUGUCAACUCCUCCACCUGCUAGAAACAUGCUUUUGGAGGCAGAAAUGGGUAGUGCGGAGAAGAGAACAAGGAAAGGGGAUGCAGGGGAAGAGGAUGUAGACAUUGGAGAAGACAUACCAAUUGAAGAUUACCCAUCUGUGGAGAUCGAAAGAGAUGGUACUGCAGUAGCAGCUGCUGCUGCUAGUAGCGGAUCUAGCUCUUCAGGCAGCUCUAGUUCUAGUAGCGGUUCCUCCUCUAGUGAUUCAGGGUCAGGUGGAAGUUCAUCAGGUAGUGAUUCUGAUGCUGAUAGUGUUCAGUCGCCAUUUGUGGAAGCAAAAGAAGCUCAAUGAUAGAAUCUUUGGAGGAUUAAGUCUAUUGUUCUGUAAGUGCUAAGAGAGGUGGAAGCGUGGGUGUAAAGGGAGGAAACCUUAGGAAGCAGUAGUGGUUAGAGAAGAAGAUGGUAUGGUUAGCUAGAGAGAAGUGACAGUUUGAGGGAGAGUAGUUCGUUAUUUAAUUUACCUUUUAGAUUUAGAAAGUUGUUUAAUUGUAUUUGUGAGGUAAUGAACAGGGAAGGUUGAGAUCAUGAACAGGGAAGGUUGAGUCAAGGAGAAAGAAUCAAUGCAAUGUAGUAGCCGGAGUGAUGUAAAUGGUUUGAAAAUCCAGAAAAAAAGAUAUCUUAUUUGUUGAAGAAGUUCGAUUUCAUCUUGUAUUAAUCAAAUCUAAGGUCGAAGACUACAGUAA